GCGCCCGGCCGCCCGGCCGCCCCUCCCGCGCUCCCGGCGGGUGUUCCUUCCCGGUCGGCGUGGAGGGCCUGGAGACGGCGGCCCAUGGGACCCGUGGAGCUGCCCGCCUGGCUGCAGCCCAGGUAUAGGAAGAAUGCCUAUCUUUUCAUCUACUACUUAAUCCAGUUCUGUGGCCACUCAUGGAUAUUCACAAAUAUGACAGUCAGAUUCUUUUCAUUUGGAAAAGAUUCAAUGGUUGACACUUUUUAUGCAAUUGGACUUGUCAUGCGACUUUGCCAAUCUAUUUCCCUCUUGGAGUUGCUGCACAUAUAUGUUGGCAUUGAAUCAGACCAUCUUCUGCCUAGGUUUCUGCAGCUCACUGAGAGAAUAAUCAUCCUCUUUGUGGUGAUCACCAGUCAAGAGGAAGUCCAAGAGAAAUACGUGGUGUGUGUUUUAUUCAUCUUUUGGAAUCUAUUGGAUAUGGUUAGGUACACUUACAGCAUGUUAUCAGUCAUUGGAAUAUCCUAUGCUGUCUUGACAUGGCUCAGUCAAACACUAUGGAUGCCGAUUUAUCCUUUGUGUGUUCUCGCUGAAGCAUUUGCCAUCUAUCAGUCACUGCCUUAUUUUGAAUCAUUUGGCACUUACUCCACAAAGCUGCCCUUUGACUUAUCCAUCUAUUUCCCAUAUGUGCUGAAAAUAUAUCUCAUGAUGCUCUUUAUAGGUAUGUAUUUUACCUACAGUCAUCUUUACUCAGAAAGAAGAGACAUCCUCAGAGUCUUUCCCAUUAAAAAGAAGAAAAUGUGAAGCACGGCACUCUGAUGUGACAUAAGAAAGGAGAGGCUGUGGAUUCAGCUGCAGUAAACACAACACAGGUGGAAAAAUACCUAGUAUUUCAUAAAAAUCCAUGACAUGCAAUAAUUGCUCUCCUCCCCAAAACUCUUGACAUAUACAGCAGUCUGUGUUUCUCACAUGUUGUUUUUAGUAUGUAUACUCUUCACGACCUGUUUCACCAAAGCUGUGAAUUUUACACAAGUUAAGUUUAUA